AUGGCUGAGUUACCUAAGACAGUCGGAUGGAUAGGCUUAGGAGCCAUGGGCUUCCCCAUGGCCGCCAACCUGGUCAAGAAGCUGAGCAACGACACACAGUUCUUCGUCUAUGACGUCGUUCAAGACUUCGUCGACCGGUUCGUGAAGGAGGGCGGAGAGCGUGUACAUGCUUGUACGAGCGCGAAGGAAGUCGCUGAUAAGUCCGAUGUAAUCCUCUCCAUGGUCCCAGAAGGUUCACACGUCCGCGCCGUCUAUCUCACACCCGACACGGGAGUCCUAGCAUCAGACAUCGAAGCCAAAAUCUUAAUCGACUGCAGCACAAUCGAUACCGGCACUUCGCUCGCCAUCCGCGACGAAACCGCCUCCAAACACCCCAAAGCACGCUUCUACGACGCCCCCGUCUCCGGCGGCGUCGUAGGAGCCGAGAAGGGCACCUUAACGUUCAUGCUUGGCAGCUCGGAAUCCAACCAGGACAUCCAGUUUUUGAAAACCCUUCUAAGCCUAAUGGGCGGCAACAUCUUCCCUUGCGGCGGCUCCUCCUUGGGUCUAACAGCUAAACUCUGUAAUAAUUACACUUCAGCUAUGAUCUCCGUCGCCACGAGCGAAGCCAUGAACAUCGGCAUCACAGCCGGAAUGGACCCAAGAGUCCUAGCCAAUAUCUUCCACACUUCUACCGCCCAAUCCGCAAUCUGCGACGACUGGUGUCCCGUCCCAGGCAUCAGCCCGGACGCUCCGAGUAGUAAAGGGUAUAAAGGCGGGUUUCGGGUCGGGUUGAUGAAGAAGGAUGUGGGACUUGCGGUUGAUACGGCGAAGAGACUUGGGGUGAAGUUGGCGCUUGGGGAGCCUGGGUUGGGGGUUUAUGAGGGGGCGGCGAGGGAUCCCAGGUGUGAGGGGUUGGAUUCGAGGGUGAUUUAUCGGUUCCUGGGGGCGAGGGAGGAUUGGAGGAGGGACUUUCCCGAGGAGGUGGAGAUGAGGAGGGAUGAGACGAAGAGGUUGGUUAGGGUUGCGAGGGAGAAGGGGUUGUAG